UUUUGGAAUCCAUUAUUAAUCGAUCUCUUAUUGGAUUUACCACAAACAGAUUAUGAUCAACAAAAGGCAAAAUUCAUUGAACAAUGUCGAAUAUGUUAUCGAGCUGAUAAAUAUUCAUUAAAACAAAUCGAUGAAUUUGAAAAUGAUUAUAAACCUCAUUUAUCCAUUCAAUGGUAUAAAAGUAAUUCAUUUGUCUAUCGUCUAUUGAAUAAAGUUCUACGUCAACGAAAUAUCGAAGGUAUAAUUACUUUGCGUUUUUUCAUAUUAGAUCUAUUCAAACAAUUGAAUCAAAUAUAUUAUGAAUAUAUUGAAUCAAAUAUUUAUGAAGACAAUACAAUUAUUGAAGUUUAUAGAGGACAAGAAAUGUUUAAUACUGAAUUUGAUAAUCUAAAGAAAAAUUUAAUACAAGGUCGAAUAGUAUCAAUUAAUAGUUUUUUUUCAACUACUCGAACAAAAACAGUAGCAUUGGAAUAUGCUGGUUUAAUGUCUACUGAUCAUAUUACUACAAAUUUUUCUUCACAUAAAAAACGUCUUCUAUUUCAAAUUAAGAUUAAUAUUAAUCAUCAAAUGCAAUUGAAACGAAAACCAUUUGCUGAUAUAAGUCAAUUAUUAUAUAAAGGUAAAAAAAUUAAAGUAGAUGAAUAUGAAGUUCUCUUCAUGGUUGGUUCUUUUUUUCGGGUUGAUGAAAUUAUUGAGAAUCAAGAAAUUGAAAUACCUAUUGAAGAAGAAAUAAUCAAAAGUACAAUAACACUUGUGAAAUUAACAUCAAUCAAUGAAGAAGAUAAAAGUAUACCAAUUAUAAAUGAUUAUCAAAUUUUAAAAUCUACAAAAACAAUCGAAGAAAAAUUAAUUCGCAUUGGAAAUUUACUAAUCGAUUAUUCUUUAUCUAUUCAAUCUUUACAUUCAAAAGUUGAUGCAUACUAUAAAAUCUUGUUUGAUGAAUCGAAAAUUAUGAUAGCUACUGCAUGUUUAACAGGUCAAGCAUGGGUAGCAUUGAAGAGAGGAGAGUAUAAGUUAGCUAUAGAACUUGCAUUGAAAGCUUUAUCGAUGAAUAAUAAAUUUAAUAAUGAAUUGAAAAUAACUACUCUCAAUUGUCUUGGUGGAAUUUAUCAUAAAUUAAAAGAUUAUCCAACUGCACUUAAAUAUUAUAAAAAUGCCUAUGAUUUAUCAAAACCAACUGAUGAAAAAAUAGCAGAAAAUAAUUAUCAUGGUCCAUGUAUUCCAAUUGAUAAGUAUGCAAUGUAUGAUAAUUAUCAAAAUAUAUCUUCGAUUAAUAUCGCAAUUAUCUAUCAAAAACAAGACGAGAUUCGACUGGCAUGGAAUAUGUACAAAGAGACUAUUGAUUGUGAAAUGCGUGAUACGACGGAUUUUCAUUGUCAUACAUGUAUGACAAUAGCUGAAUCAGGAACUCAUGAAUCGAUGAUAAGCUUAGAAGAACACAAUCGAAUAUGGAAGAAUUGGAAAAGUUUUCUUGAUCUUGGUCUUAUUGAUAUAUUAAAAUAUCGUACACCAGCUAUUACAGGUUAUUUAUCAUUAAGUCAUCAAUAUGAUUUUCCUUCACGUCGAUAUAAUAAUGAUUAUUGUCGAACAAUGGCAAUUGAUUAUUUUCGACAAGUUGAAAAUAAAUGUACACCAUAUGUUGCAAAUCAUCAAUAUUAUCUAUAUAUUCUUCAAUGUUAUGAACGUCUUGCAGAUUUAUAUGGAUAUUGGAAUACUCGAUCUACAGAAUAUUAUGAAAAGAUGAUUCAAUUAUGUUUGAAAUAUUGUUCAGAUGAUUUAGAAAAUCUGAUCAUCGCUUAUCAAGGUAUAUUAAAAACAUUCAAAGAACAACAAAGAAGAGGAACGAAUAUUUCAGAAGAUAUUUCACUAUUGCUAUGUGCUAAUACAACUAAUGCUGAAUUUAUAGAGAUGACACCGCCUGUAACACCAAUGACAUCACCUAUUACUCCGUUCACACCACCAAUGUUCGGAUCACUUUUUCAGAAUAUUAGACGGUUACAUUUUGCAUUUGGUUGUAAUGAUAAAUGGAUCGAUCCUCGAUUGAAAACUGAGCGAGAUCUUCGUAAGAAAAUCAUUUAUUGUUAUAUGAAGUUAGCAAAUUUAUAUUAUGAACAAAAGAAAAUAAUAGAAGCUAAAGAUUUAUUAACAGAAAUCAUCUCAUUAUGUCAACAAUUCGAUUCAGAAAUGUUGGAUAUGACAAAUAUUUGUUAUGAAAAUCUGUCCUUUAUCAAUGAGAAUUUUGAUUUCAUUAUUCAAUCGUAUAAAAAUCAAUUAUCAACAAUUAUUAAUACUGUAGGUAAUUGUAUUAAUGAAGAUAUUUAUUGUUACAUAGCACAAUUAUAUGAAAGAAAAAAUGAUUUUAAUUCAGCAUUAGAAUUCUUACAAAUUCCAAUUCAAUAUUUUGAGCAAUAUAAUUAUGUAUGUAUACAUACUAUCGAUUGUUAUAUUAAAUUAGCUAAACAUUAUCAAAAUAUUAGAAAUAAUAAAGAGUUGACUGUUCAUGUGUAUGAAAAUGCAAUAAAUCUUAUUAGAAGACAUCGAUCAUAUCCAAUGACAUCGAUGAUUUCGAUUGUUAAGGAACAUUUAGUUGACUAUUUCAACACAAUCAAUGAUCUAGAUACAAUGAUUAUUAUCUAUGAAAAACUAUGCGAAAUUGUUCAACAAGAAACAACUGAUAUUACAGUUUUAUAUAAUCGUUUUAAACAAAUUUUAAAAUUAUUAGUUAAAAAAUAUGAUGCAUUUAUUGUAGUUCUAAAGGCUUAUGAUGCUUAUCUCGAUUUAAUUUUACAAAUAAUCAGCCCACUAACCUCACAAAUGACAGUAGUUUUCACUCAUUUUCGAUAUCAUUUUGUUAAUGCAUAUAAAGAAUCCAAUAUGAUAUGUUCAACAAUUGAAAUUUAUCAGAAAUUAAUAUGUCUUCUAUUAAAACAUCAAUAUAAUACAAUGAAAAUUAUUAACGAAUAUAAAAUUAUUGGUGCUGGAUUUACAAAAAAACAUCUGUUAAAAGAUUCAGUCAUAGCAUAUGGACUUUUAUUGAAUUUUAUAUGUCAAUAUCAUUCGACUGGUGGUUUUAUCGAAAAUGAUUUAAUUAAAUUUGUUUUUUAUAUCUGGGAAAGUGAAAUUAUUGGAAAUAUUGCCAAUGACAAACCAGAACCACAACACCUGUAUUUCACGAAUCAAAUUAACACUAACUGUUACUCGACAAAUCAAUAUCGUAUUGCAGAUCUUCAACAACGUAUCUUAGAUUAUAAAGAAAAAGCAAAAAAUUAUUUAAAUAAUAAACAAUUAAAUAAGGCAAUAGCAGUUUUUAGAGAUGAACUUUUACCAUUUCUUUUGGAAAAUCAUGCACAAGAUGAUGAACAAAUUGCUAUGUGUUACAAACAAAUAGCAUUAUUGUUUUACAGACAGAAUGAAGAUGGUGUUCGACAAGCACUAGACUAUUAUGAAAAAGUUAUUAAUAUUUAUGAAACACAAAACGAUGAAUUUUAUACAGAAUAUACAUUUAAAUUAAAUCCUAAUAUUUGUCGGCGUUAUGCAGAAACACUUUUUACGUGUUAUAAUUCCAUGAUGGAAAUUUAUAUCGCUCUAAAAAAUCAAAAAUUGGUCGAGAUGUAUGGACAAAAAGCAAAUUAUAUCUAUGAAAAAUAUAGAGAUCAAUUUCAAUUUUCUGCCAAUCCUAUAACGCAUGUUAUUACAAUAAAAAGACGUCCGAUGGUUGAAUUAAAUUAUUGA